CUCGCCUGCCCGACCGCCAGGCCCGCGACAGUUGGGCGCCGCGCGGGGCAUGGAAGGGGAGAGCACCACGGCCCUCCUGCCGGGCUUCGUCUUCGGCGCCCUCGCCUUCCACCACCUCAGCACGGACUCGGACACGGAAGGCUUCCUCCUUGGAGAUGUGAAGGGUGAAGCUAAGAACAGCAUUACUGACUCUCAAAUGGAUGAUGUCGAAGUUAUUUAUACAAUUGAUAUACAAAAACACAUUCCAUGUUACCAUCCCUUCAGCUUUUACAACUCAAUUGGAGAAUUGAAUGAGCCAAUGCUGAAGAAACUAUUAUCAGGAUGUAAAAAGACUGUGGUAGGCUGGUACAAACUCAGGCGUAACACUGACCAGUCCAUGACAUUCAGGGAGCGACUCCUUCAUAAGCAUUUACAGACAUACUUGUCGAAUCAGGGCCUUGUUUUUCUGUUACUAACUUCCAGUGUCACUUCUGCAAGUUCAUCCACUUACAAACUUGAAUAUGCCUUGUAUAAACCACAAGAGGGGCUUUUCCAGAAAGUUCCACUUAUCGUUGCCAAUCUGGGAAUGGCUGAACAGCAAGGUUACCGAACUGUGUCUGGCUCUUGUAUUUCUUCUGGCUUUCGUAGAACAAUUGCAAAACACAGGUCAGCAUUUUUUAAUGAAGAUGGGUCUCUAAAAGAGGUUCAUAAGAUUAAUGAAAUGUAUGCUACUUUGCAGGAGGAACUGAAGAAUUUGUGCAGUAAAGUAGUAGAUAGUGAAAGAUCAGUAGAGAAUCUGCUGACAGAAGUAGAUCAACUAAAACAAACAGUAAGAAGGAAAAGAGAGCAGAUGCAAACUGCAGGAAAGAAUAAAAGCCAUGAAGAUGAACCCAAAGAGAAUAUUUUCCUUUGUCAAGCUUUGCAAACCCUUUUUCCAAAUUCUGGGCUGCAAACAAGCAUUGUUACUUUAAAAGGAAGACAGGUAUCUAAGUACUGCUGCAACAUUGACCAUAACAUCAAAGUAAUGGAUCAGCUGACCUUAAUGCUCAAAGAAAGUAAUUUUCCCGAAGCUGAAACGAGGCAGGUAAUUAAGCGCAAACCUACUGUGGGUACAAGCGGACCAAAGCCAUUCAAAAGGCUUCGUUCAUUCCAUCUUCGUAGAAAGCUAUUUCAAGAAGACCAAGAUAACAGCGACCAAGAAAGAAAUGCUAACACAGAUGCAGAUGAGGAUAUAACAAAAGAGCCAGAUGAACCUGCAUUAUCUCCAGCUAUCUAAUCCUUCAAGAUGAGGAUUUUUUCUGCCAUCCUUCCCCAUCAGCUGUUUCGUACAUAAUUAUCCUUCCCCAUUCAUUCAUGGUAUUUGAACAAAUCCUUAAAAUGUGGCAAUUUAGCCAUUAAAAGUUUAAACAAGUGCUAUGCCUACAAAUUCAGGGGAAACAAACUUGUCCAGAUAGCUCCUUCUCAGUAAAUUAUGCAUUGCUUAUCCCAACAGCGGGGAAUUGUUCUGACCCCAGAGACUGGAUCUUUUUCUCAGCCACCCCUAGAGUGGGAUGAGGCAAUGAAACAUUCCCUUCCCUUAUGAACUCCCCUGCCACCUCAUAGGGGUCUAUUUUCUUAUUCUAUGGAGGCAUAGAUGGUCCCGCAGAAAGAGAGCAGUUGCUCCAUAGUUCUCUUUGCAUUGAGAAACGGACUCCUCACACUAGAGCAAAGCUGCCCUUCUCUACCAGAAGAAGAGCGGGUCUGUGAAGGAAACGCCUGCAAAUCAAAAAUUCCCCAUCCUUGGCUUAUCACUAACAGGAAGGCAGCACCAAACAUAUUGUGCAUAUUUGUUUUCUAUAAAUAUUGGACUCAAAA